CGCUGCAGUACCAGGUGUUCCCGGCGGGCGUCGCUGUUUCCACAGUAGCAGAACUACCUCUAUGUUGUGAAGGACUAUGUUGGGAAAACCUUUAAAGUGUUGAUAAUCCAGGUUUUUGGGGGCUUUUUUCUCGGUUGUUUUUCGGAGGGAUCGCGAGACCCACUCUCCCGGAGGACUGCUGCCCGGCUCAGACUGCGUGUUUUCGGGCAGCUGCUGUGGGGUUUUCUGGAGGGUUUCUUCUUUUUUUUUUUACAAGUUAGCUCCACAGCUAAGUCACGUCAGCUGUGCGGCUGGAAGUGCCAGCGCGGACUCCUUAAUGCGUUUUAAAUACUUUUUCUACAUGAAACUGGGAGAGGAGUAAGGGUGUUUUCCUGCGGGAGAAAAGGCUCGGUGAUCCGGACUCUGGGUCUGCGGACUGAGAGGCCUGCGGGUCAGGCUCCAUCCACCGGGCUUGAGUUGAGCUUCGACGCCGCCUCAGAGGGCUUGGAGGCCGGCAGAAGAAACUGCCUCCGCUGGGGCCUGCGGAGCGAGGGAUGGAGCGGAUGGAAGUGGACCAGUGCGCAGGCGCAGCUGGCGGGGCUCUGCGCAGGUCAAACAGCGCCCCCAUGAUCACCAGUGUCAGUGACGGGAUGACGGUGUUCAGCCCGGUUUCGUCGGCUCGGUAUCGACGCAGCAGCGUUUCAAUAAACCCCAGCUCACAGCUCGUCCCUCUCUCUCCGUUCUCUCUGACCGGAGACAGACUCGACCUCAAGAGGCAGGAGGAGAACAUGGAGGCGGCGCUCAGAGGAAGUCUGCAGAGACGGAGUGCUUCCAGUCUGAUCCCAGCUCCCGUCAGUCAGUGGCACGACCACGCCUCAGUGUGGUUCCAGUCGCAGGACAGCGGCGUCACGCCAAACUCCUCCCCUUCUCCCACCAGGAGGUUCAGACCAGCAGUCAGUGCAACUGUGAGAGUCCCGGCACUAACUCCACUCAAGAGGAAAGGAGGAGUCGAGUCUGACGGACCCCCGAAGAAGCUUUUUGUCACCGGAGUAUCGGACCCCCCCCACCGCAGCAGCUACACCGUCAGUGUCUCUCAGUCGGUGGCCGGCUCCCCCACUGCAGUCAGUCCUCAGUCCAGCCCUCUGUCUCUCUCUCCUCCCCCCUCCUUCACCCCCUUCACCUCCCAUCACCACCCAGGACACUAAACCACCCCAUAAUCCUCACCCAGUCCUGACCAGCAGCUCCGAAACACCCGGAGGACCAUCAACUCCCCAUCGCACCUUAUUCCUGUAAUCCCGCCUCUUCCUGCGACGACAGGAAGUACAGAUCAGCCUGGUUUAUGACUUCAUUGGAAGUGUCUGUUUUGGAUCCCUGGAUGUCUUUCCUGCAGCUCUGAAGCAUCAGACUUUCUUUAGGUCGCAAACUGUUCCUAUUGGUUAGUUUUUAACCCAAAUCCCUGAGUCCACGUUGGACUGAAGGACUUCCUCGUGAGGUUCGUCGUACGUCUGAAGGCUCGUAGGUCGAACCUCAAAUGAUAAAUAUUGUACAAAGGAUUCAUCAUCAGCAACAGCAUCGGGAGAUCACGGAAGAAAACUGUUCGGGAGUCUCGAGGACACACAGGUUGUGUCUUAACGAGAUUCUGAUUUGAGAAGUUUAACUCAUGAAGCGUUCAAGAAACAACCAAGCACACAAACGUCUCAAAAACGGCAGAUUUCCAAGGAGCUUUCGAGGUUAAAAUCAUAUUUCUGUGUUGGUCCCUGAAGGCAGCAACCUCCCUGGUCCAAUGGGAUAUCUCCAUGUGAUUUUGGAUUAUGAUUCUUAGCCCAGAAAACCAUAGAGCUCCAGACCAGGGGACAGGAAGUGAGGAAAUGCUGACUCAUUCCUGCAGCUCAGGUCCAAUUCUCCAGUGGACGAAGCUCCAGAUCGUCUUUAUUCUUCAGAGGUUUUGAAGAACUUUUAAUCAGGUCUUGAGUUGAAAUCAAGACUAAAUCAAACCGGUGACGAGGAAUGUUUUCGAGGCUCUUCAGGAACAUUUGGUUCAGCCGGUUCUCAGCUUUUGGUCCUGGAGUCGUUGGAAAUCAAGUCCGUUAUCAGGAAGAAGUAGAAGUCUGAUGGAUCUGGACUUUAUCAGCACUCAAACCAAUCAGUGAACCAGGGUUACGCACUUUUUGUGCAUCGUAAAACUACCAUAAGGUUUCAAGGAGUUUAUAGCUGAAGACGAAGAAUUUAGCGUCUUUCAUCAACAAAACAAAUAACUAAACCUCCAAAAAGCCGAAUAUCCAGUAAAGCAAAGUAAAAGGUAUCUUAUUCCCAACCAGGGAUUUCACAAGAAAUGUAUUUUCUGUAGGAAAUUAUAUUCGACCUGAAUUCUGAAAAAAGGUUAUAAUCGGCCUUCUCCCAAUAAUCGUUCUUACUGAAUAGAUCUUGAACGCAACAUAAUGCUAACUGCUAACAUUAGCUACCUUCUUGCCGAUUUGAACAUGGAUUCGUUGUUCAAAACGUAGCAUUAUUUCCGUAAAUAGUGAGUUUACUGCGUCCCAAACUACUUUUCUAUCGUCCCCAGGAUGCCGUUAGUCUUAAGAUUUCAUGGCACCACCGGGAACUACGGUACUUGCGAUACUGUCGAAAAACCAGUAUCAUCAACUUUUUAGGAUAUUGGAUUCGACCUGAAUUCUGAAAAAAGGUUAUAAUCGACCUUCUCCCAAUAAUAUAUUUUACUGAAUAGAUCUUGAACGCACUAUAGUGCUAACUGCUAACGUUAGUUAACUUUCUUGCCGAUUUGAACAUGGAUUCGUAGUUAAAAAUGUAGUAUUAUUUCCGUCAAUAGAUAAUGAGUUUGGGACGCAGUAAACUCAUUAUCCCCAGGAUGCUGUUAGUCUUGAGUCCUCACGAUACUACAGGAAGCUACGAUACUUACACUACUUUAGAAAAACCAGUACCGUCAAGUGUUCAGGAUUUUGGUUUCGACUUGGUAGACUAUGAAGAGGUUAAGCUUUCCGUAAAGGCCAACACCGGUUGUUGGUAUUUUCUGGAAGUCCAAACCAGAUUAAACGUGAACAGUUUCAGUCAUUAACGACGUCGUGUUUUAAAAAAGAUCUUGUCUGUUGCCGCUCAGACUGAAGUCUUGUGUUUGUAGAAACUUGAAAGACGUGUUUGUCCAGAGUCUGAGGAGCAGGUUGAUGCUCCCGGUCAGUAGAAGUCUGUUUGUUAAUAGUGUAUCUAUAUGUGAAUAUUGACGGAGCAGCUGAUGCUCCAUCUUUACCCUCUCAGUCUGAGGGUCUGUUCAUCACCAAUGAAGGUAUUCUGAUUGUUUAAAAACAUAAAUGGUUAGAAAAAAACACCAUUAUAUUUUUAUUUACUGUUUUACAACUCAAGAAGUUAGUCAUCCUUCUGAUGAAGUACAUAUCAAUAGAGAAGUGCAGGGAUGUUUCUGUGUUGGUCCCUGAAGGCAUCAUCGCCCUGGUCCAAUGGGAUUCCUCCAUCUGAUUUUGGAUUAUUGCGGAAAGUAAUCUCUGCGGGAAAUGAACCUUUAGCUUGUGUUAAUAACGGACCUUAUUUCAAAACCACGUCCAGUGUUUGGGACUCAUUCCUGCACCAGCUCGACUUAGGACCAAUCAGCUCUAGAUUCUGCUUUUUCUGCGCUAAAUCUGCAUUAAAGAAGAAUCUGUUGGUCAAUAUUUCAAUAAAGUAGUAUCAGAUGCAUGUAGCCGGGUCAGAGUUUCAGAAAAUACAAAACGUAGUUUCUGCUUCCAACUUUUGCACUUACAAAGUUUUGUACAGUUUUGUACGUUCGCUCAUCGUUGUGCCUAAACAUGAGGUCAUGUUUCAGAGGAGCUUUCCCUCUCCAGUCCACUCAAACGUCAGAUUUAACGGAGAGGAAGUGGUUAAUAAUCCCAUCUGAGAUACGUCUGUACAUAAAGUCUCUAUAAGCUGCUCAUUAGAAGUGUCUUCAUCCAUUCAGCUGCUCCGACAGAAUCACCUUCCAAAUCUUCUUCUUUUCUUUCUGAUCAUAUUUUCUCGACUUUGCACAGUUACACCACUUUAAUCUGUUUUUCUGUAAUCUUGCUGUUGAUGCUGCUUCUCUGCUUUAUUUCUCCACUUGUUACCGAGUCUGUUCUGCGUCAGAGGCAAAUGAAGUCUCAAAUAUUUCAGUUUAACUUUAUAAUGUCCAAAACUACGUGAAGAGUUCUUGAGAUGGAAAUAUUCCAAGUUACAGUUCAAGCUUCAAAUUCUUUGAUACUGCUUUUUAAUUUUGAUAUAUUACUUUUCUAAAGACCUUCACCUGUACCAUUUUGAAAAAAGUCUGAAUUUGAAAAGACUGAAUUUGAAAAAGUCCAAAUUGUUGAACAAAGUGUAGAUUACGAAAAAAUAUGAAUUCUAAAAAUAAUAUGAAUUUUGAAAAAAGUAAAAAGUCUGAAAAAAUGUCACUUUUGGUCAGAUCUAAUAAGAUGACCAAGAGACCAUCUUUAGAAAUCAUAACUUCGAGACUUUUCUGAAGCAGGACAGAUUCGAGGUAACGUCACGCUGCCAAAUGAUUCCCAGACUCUAGCUUUAAGAAGAUUUUCUGUUUAUUACUUUUUAUUUGCACGCGAUCACAAACUGUGGUCUUGAAGAGGAUUUGUGUAGCUGGAUGGAAAAAUGUGAGGCUGAAUUCAAAGAAUGUUUUCAAGCCAAAAAUUAUUCGACUGAAUCUUAAAAUAUCUGUAGAAAAAGAUUCAUGAAUGUUUUUCUGUGUUUUUGUCCUUUUUGCUUUUCUGUCCUUUUUUUAAAAAGUGUUUUCAAUCAUUUUGAUUGUGUUUUAUUUAAAGUACAUUUCCAGUGUUAUGGAGGUUUUCAAACUCAUUCAAUUUAACCUUUUUUGGUUCAAAUUUCUGUUGUAUUUUUUAAUAAUAUUCAGGGCAAAUCUGCAUACAUUUUGCAGUGACUACCGGUACUUAUUUGUCGAAGCAAAAAUAAAUGGAACAAAUUCAUUAUUAUUUUAUGAAUUCAUCAAGUUUUUCACAUUUUCUGUCAUUUACAAAAAAAAUGGAUUUAAGGAUUGAUCGAAAACAAUUUGUGACACAAAAAAUCAAAUCAUGAAAUUCUGGCUAUUUAAAGUAAUAUUAACAUAAGAAAACAUCCUGUAGGUCAUUAUUUCUCUUUUACACUCUCUAUAUUACGAUCUAGUUUAAAAAGAUAUUGAGAAAAUAUGUUGUUAAAGAAAAAGGUUUGUCAUUAUUUUAAGAAACUAAGUUAUGUCAAUACAUGUUUGCAAUUUCUAGACAUUUUGUCAGACAAUAAGAACCUCAUUAUUUUUAUUUUGUUUUCUUCCAAAAGUCUCUCAUGUCUCAUCCUCCGACACUGAAAACCUCCAUCACACAGAUUUCUGUAUUUUAACGAUAGCUUGAUGAUUUCUGAAAUUGAAAGUCAUUUGUGUAAACAUUUCCGCAGCUGCUUUAUUUUAGUUAGCUUCUUGUUCUUCACGUUAUAUCGUCUUUGUUUCCUCACAUCGACCCGUCAACGUCUGUCAGUAUUAAAGUCAUGUCUCACUCCGGAGAAAAAUACGGUGAUAUUUCUCAGUUAAAUAAAGACUACCAUUUUUAUUUUAAGAGAUUUUGCUUCAAAAAAUUGCUUUUAUUUUUGGGGUUUGAUGUUGACUUCCCAAAAUGUUAUAAAAAAAAAAUCCACAAAAGAAACAACCUUGUUUGCAAAUUACACUUCAAUCAUUUCCCAAUGUUUGGAUAAAUAAAGUGUGUGUAUAUAUAUCUAUCUAAUCGCUCUGGCUGUUAUCUACUUCUAAUCAUUUAACUGAAUUAUGACCUUUUUUCCAAAAUGUAAAACAUUUGUUUUUAUUAAUAAAUUACUAGAAUUAGAUUUCUUUAAAAAAAAAAUGUGAAACUGACAUUUUGCUAAUUUUGCCAAAUACACAAUAAUUGAGAUUUUGAAUGUAGGACCUUCACCUGUACAAUUUAGAAAAAAGUCUAAAGAUUGAAAAAAGUCUGAAUUUUGAAAAAAAAGAUAACAUUUUGGAAAAAGUCUAAAUUUGGAACAAAGUCUGAAUUUAGAAAAAGUCUGAAUUUAGAAAAAAGUCCAUGUUUUGAUAAAUGUUUGAAGAAAAGUCAAAAUUAUAUUUUUUAAUUGAAAACUUUAAGCACUUUAAAUGUAUACGUUUGUGAAGCGUUGUGAGUUGUGACCCUAAAACUGUUAAUAUGAAAUAAUUAUUUUCUGAUUUGAUUUCCACGACACCAGCAGAUAUUCGUUCAGGUUAAAAAGCUGAGAAAUAACGGAAACUUCGGAGUGAGGUACGGCUUUA